AUGAACAGGGCGACUGCGGCCUCGAAUAAAGCAGUACAUCCUUCCACAAUGACGUGCUGCAUGUUCCUCGGCUCUUGCUUCGAGCCGGAGCCGCCUCAUGCCAGCAAGAAAAACACAUCCAUAAUCACAAACACGCAGCCUUUCAUGCAACCACGGCCGGUUGUAUUAUCUACGUCUGGGCACACCAAUCCCAGUUACCAAAAGAAGCUGGUAAAAAAGAAGAGCUUCGCAUCUACCCGCACAAAUACCUCGGAAAGAAGCCGAUUUUGUUCAGAUGGUUCCUCGAGCAAGCCGCUCAUCUCUGCGCCCUCUGAGUUUCGACACGUAGAAACCGCUGAUUUCCAGUUCCUUCCCGACGUCGAUCCUUCUAAUCAGGCAUACACUACGUCACAGCUUCAAGAUCUAUUCGCAGAAGGACCAUGUCGUCCUCGGCCCUUGCAGCUUAGCUUUUACGACGCUGAGCAAGGUGUAUCGUCCACCUCGCCCACCUCGCCACAUUUCCAUUCCCCUACCCCCAUCGCGUCAAUGUCAGGGCACGAUCGUCAGCUUUCUCACCAACGGAGCUGGGGGUCCAUGUCGUUUCAUAUUCCGAGGCGACUGCCUCUGGAUAAUAGUUCCGCAAGCGUUGGAGGAUACGGAAUUCCACCCCAGAUUCCAUCCAAGUCGAAAUUUCGCUCGCGAGCUUACACCUCCCCAGAGGUUGAUGCUAUCAGAGAACGUGUAGCAACUGCCAUGAUGGAAGUCGAGCGGCUGCAGAAGCAAAUCGACGACGUGAUAGAAAGGCAGAGUCUAUAUGUCAACAGUCGGCCCUCGACGUCCCAAUCCAUGGCCCUCACUUUACCUCCCUUGGAUUUUGAGCCUUUGCCGUCUAUCCCAGCUUUUCCGCCGGCUGCUCAAUCAUUCGCCGAGCGCCUCAGGGCGGAUCUGGAUCGUCCUCCAACUGCGCUGAUCAAAUCACUAAGUGUUCCGUGCAGCCUGAACAAAGUCUCAGACGACACGACGGAGAUUAAGAGACGCCCAAGCCAGACAGUGCGAGGAGUUGGACCGUUGCCAACGCCACCGUUACCCCUGGUGCUUCGACCGCCGUUGCGAAAAAAGAAGUCGUUCCCCCCGGGAUCCACCCGCUUGCCCUCGGUUCAGGAGCAGGGAAAAACUACCAGACCUUACACGGUCACGAGCAUGCCGAAGGCCGUCAAGGGAAGUGAGGGCUUUUAUCAGAUUAUUUCUGCCAACGGCGCAGUAGGCCAGGCGAGCUGCGAGUCGAUCGACAGCAUAUCCACCUGGGGAACCGAGGAUGAAGAACGCGCCAUGCAGUCAGCGUGGUCCCCGGAGAGCACACCGUCACACAGCCAUGACGGGUCUUUCUCGGACUCGGAGACCAAAACUGGGCAGCCCGAUUUCUUGGCGUCGGCAGUGUGA